CAUCAUGAGGAGGAGUGAACCUGCUAAAGAAACACAACGCCAUUUUCAUCGUCUACAUCCCCAGACACACUACCAUCACAGUGUUUUCCUAAACUCUACUGUCACACAUUAUCAUUGUGUGAUUAUUAAUCGUUUAUUUGUACGUAACACUGCGCUUUGUGUUGCUGCAGCUCCUUGAAUCGGAACUUCCGCCGUUGCGCUCCGGAAGACACGCGCACUCAACCGGUCAGACUGUCCGAUCUCAACCUCAAAUCAUCGCGAUCGCACACAAAACAUUACAUUGCCUCUACUUGCGGUGGUGGGACACGGAGAAACACACCCUGUUACGGUAGUGGGUGACCUGGAUGUUCCGCAGAACGGAUGCGUGAGGACAUGUCGAGCGUGCUGUGUGUGAAGGAGACGGAGGGUCAAGGGGACCCUGGCGACAAGCUGUCUCAGGAUGAGCUGCUGUGUCGGACCCGGGAUGUCAUCCAGGGGCUGGAGGCGUUGCGUGUGGAGCAUCAGUCCAUCCUGGAUGGCCUUAUGGGUACCCUCCGCUGCCUCAAACAGAAUCAAGAGGGUCGUGCUGUGGAAGAGAAAACGACUAUGAUCCAACGCUCACUGGAGAUGCUGGAACUCGGUCUUAGUGAGGCACAGGUGAUGAUGGCUCUCUCAGGGCACCUGAGCGCAGUAGAGGCAGAGAAACAGAAGCUUCGGGCGCAGGUGAGGAGACUCUGUCAGGAGAACCAAUGGCUGAGGGACGAGCUGGCAGGGACCCAGCAGCGGCUGCAGAAGAGCGAGCAGAGCGUCGCCCAACUGGAGGAAGAGAAGAAACAUCUGGAGUUCAUGAACCAGCUCAAGAAAUAUGAUCAGGACCUCAGCCCAUCUGAUGAUAAAGACAUUGAUUCUAGCAGGGAGACACUGGAUGAUCUUUUCCCAGAUGAGCAGGAUGAGCCGGGGCCUGGCAUCCAGCCUCCACACAGCAGUGCAGUAGCAGCGGCCCAGCAGGGUGGGUACGAGAUCCCUGCUCGCCUCAGGACCCUCCAUAAUCUGGUGAUCCAGUAUGCCUCACAGGGCCGCUAUGAGGUAGCGGUGCCUCUCUGCAAACAGGCUCUAGAAGAUCUGGAGAAGACCUCUGGACAUGACCAUCCUGAUGUAGCCACCAUGCUCAACAUCCUCGCCCUUGUUUACAGAGACCAGAAUAAAUACAAAGAGGCGGCAACCCUUCUCAAUGAUGCUCUGUCCAUCAGAGAGAAGACACUGGGCAGAGACCACCCUGCGGUGGCUGCCACUUUGAACAACCUGGCCGUUCUUUAUGGCAAGCGGGGGAAGUACAAAGAAGCAGAGCCUCUUUGCAAAAGGGCCCUAGAGAUACGAGAGAAGGUGCUAGGAAAGGACCACCCUGAUGUUGCAAAGCAGCUGAAUAAUCUGGCCCUGCUCUGUCAGAAUCAAGGCAAGUAUGAAGAGGUGGAAUACUAUUAUCAGAGAGCACUGGACAUCUACCAGACCAAACUGGGACCAGAUGACCCCAACGUGGCCAAGACCAAAAACAACCUGGCAUCAUGUUAUCUGAAGCAGGGGAAGUUUAAACAGGCAGAGACCCUAUAUAAAGAGAUUCUCACCAGAGCCCAUGAGAGGGAGUUUGGCUCUGUAGAUGAUGAGAACAAACCCAUCUGGAUGCAUGCAGAGGAGAGAGAAGAGCAGAGCAAGGGCAAACAGAAGGAUGGCUCUCCUUUCGGAGAAUAUGGUGGCUGGUACAAGGCCUGUAAAGUAGACAGCCCCACUGUGACAACCACACUGAAGAAUCUUGGAGCUCUGUACAAGCGACAGGGAAAGUUUGAGGCUGCCGAGACUCUGGAGGAAGCGGCUCUGAGAUCCAGAAAACAGGGUCUGGACACGGCACAUAAGCAGCGGGUGGCGGAGGUCCUGGGAGACCCUGAAGUUCGCGAGAAACAGCGAAGCCGUGAGAGCUUAAACUCUGACACGGUGAAGUACGAGAGCGGCCCAGACGGAGGAGAGGAAGUGUAACUCCAGAUGCCUUGUUGUGGUUGUAGAACUUGCCUUCUGCAUGAUGGACGCUCUCCUCACCCUCCCUCUCCAGCUUUGCUGUUUAUCGUCUCCUUUCUCCGACCAGCAACUUUCCUUCUCCUUCCUUCUCCUCUGGGCAUAAACAGGCUAAAGCAAACCAAGCUCUUUGGCCUCCAUGUCAAAGCUCAUCUAAGUUUCACUUCUAUCUCUUAUAAUAAACCGGAUAUUAACCUGUCAGUCUGUAAUACAUCAGUAGAGGAAACUGUCUGUCUGUCAUUCACUCUAACUGUCUGUCUGUUAACCAGGUAUGUAAGAUGCCACUAUAUCUGUAUGUCUAUAAAUAACCUUCUGUAGAGCGCAAAGUCGCCUCAUAUGUAAAGCUUUCUGUCUUAGUAAACAGUAUUUCUCGUGCAAAUACUCCAAUGGGACUAUCCAUUUUCCUUUCUGCUUUUCCUUCUUCUCUAUAGCACUAUGACUGGAAUUUUUCAGUUUUAAUAUUAUUUUAAUAUAUUAACACAUUUGGUGUUAAUGCAAGGCAGGGAUCAAGAUCAAUUUAACAUAAAACAUAAAACACAGGGACAACAUUUGUUGUAGAAAUUUGCUUUGAUAUACAACUGUACUUCUGCCCCUCACAGCAUUCUGAUCAAAGGCCCAACUCCAAUUCUAUUUUAUACCCCUUCCUCUUGCCCCUUAAAACAGAGUGGAAAGAGGAAGAGUUAAAAAUAUCCUCUCAGUACUACAGCGUCAUACCUCAUCAUACAUCCUACGUCAAAGAAGCUGGAAUGUUCUUCACAAACUUCAAAGAUGCCGCCUUCACCUGUAGUCAUAUACGUUUUUUUACAGCCUAAAAAAUGGCCCUGGACUUUUUCGCCAAAAGCAGCAUAUCACCUCUUUGGCAAUUCAUGGUGAUCUCUCCCUCCGUCUAUUCACUUUCCGGUUUCCCAGGUCUGUUCGCAAUCGCUGCAGUGGACUGGCAAUCUGAAGCACUGGUAGUUCUCACCGGUAGUUCUCUGACACGGUCAGAUGGGGGAACGGGGACGGGUUCAGUCAGGGGGAACCGGGACGUGAUCAGACAGGGGGAACCUGGACGUGAUCAGAUUGGGGAAACAGGGACGCGAUCAGACGGGGAACCGGGACGCAGUCAGACGGGGAACCGGGGUGCAAUCAGACAGGGGGAACCGGGACGCAAUCAGACAGGGGGAACCGGGACGCAAUCAGACAGGGAGAACCGGGACGCGAUCAGACGGGGGAACCGGGACGCGAUCAGACAAGGAGGAACCUGGACGCGAUCAGACAAGGAGGAACCUGGACGUGAUCAGAUCGAGGAAACCUGGACGCGAUCAGACGGGGGAACCGGGGUGCGAUCAGUCAGGGGGAACCGGGGUGCGAUCAGUCAGGGGGAACCGGGACGCGAUCAGACUGGGGAAACAGGGACGCGAUCAGACAGGGGAAACAGGGACGCGAUCAGACAGGGGGAACCGGGGCGUGACCAGACAGGGGGGAACCUAGAUGUGAUCAGAUCGAGGAAACCUGGACACGAUCAGACAGGGGAAGCCGGGGCGUGAUCAGACAGGGGGAACCUAGACGUGAUCAGAUCGGGGCAAGCUGGACGCGAUCAAACGGGGGAACAGGGACGCAAUUAGACUGGGGGAACCGGGAUGCGAUCAGACGGGGAACCAGGACGCAAUCAGACAGGGGGAACCGGGACGCGAUCAGACAAGGGGAACCGGGAUAUGAUCAGACAGGGGGAACCUGGACGCGAUCAGAUGGGGGAACAGGGACGCGAUCAGACAGGGGGAACCGGGGCGCGAUCAGACAGGGGGAACCGGGAUUCUAUCAGUCAGGGGGAACCUGGACGUGAUUAGAUCGGGGGAAACCUGGACUCGAUCAACAGGGACGCGAUCAGAUGGGGGAACAGGGACGGGUUCAGUCAGGGGGAAACGGGACACAAUCAGACAUCAGGGUUGCGUUCAGUCGGGGAAUGCGGGAUGCGAUUGCGCUCCAGAGGUUACAUUUGUCUAUGGUGCUGUACUAUUGUGCAAUCAGUAAUGCGGGAUAUGUUAGUCUAAAUUACAUGACCGUAAAUAUGAACACAAGAUUGAAUGUAACAUAAAACAAAUAAUUAUUUGUCGUUAAAAUCUUUAAUAAUGCAAAAAAACUUGAAUUAUACUCGCAUGAGCAGCCAUGUUGGAAAAUUUCUUAUCCCUUCGUUUGAAAUGAGGUCCCGAAAAAUCUUUGUUUGAAGGGCUAUUUGGACAUAGUGUAGGUGUAAGGGGUAGAAAUGGAAUUGGGCCAAAUUAAAGUUGCAGUCGCUUUCUUACUUUUGUUAAAAAAAAACAAAAAUUAGUUAUUGGGAAAUUACAUACUCUCUCCUUACCACACCACGGUAAGCUAAUAAUAAUGAUAUAAUGAAUAAGCUAUGAUGUGGGGUCAGAUAUCAUCAGAUUUCGAAGGAUUUAAUAGAUUUUGUCUGUGUCUUUUAAUACACAUCAAUAUACUGUAAUUACUUAAAGUAUCAUGUAGUGUUAUAUUUUAGAGAUGGUGAUAGAGAGGCAAAAGUUACAGAUUGCACCUUUGAAUGUGACAUGUAUUAUGUCUUUACUGUACAUGUAUCAUGUAUUUUUCCAUGUUUACAGUAUGUUGCAUUUGUGGCUUAAUAUCACUUACUGGAGAAAAGUUAAUAAGAUUUGUCACUGGUUUAUUUUUUUAAGUAUACAUUCAGUGGUUACAAUCAUUAUGCCACAAAUGUUGUGAAACAAGCUUAACUUGUACUGAACCUGGAUCAUUCCUUUAAGCUAUUGAAAGGGCCUGUGACACCCCCUUCAUUCAAUGACUUUCAGCGCUGAGAGCAGUUAAACUAUGAACUGUAUACGAAUAUAUCUUAAAGUGAGCCCUGCAAUGCUAUCUCUGUCAGUUCCUGUACAUAGCAUUAUUGUGGCAUGACUGUGUCGUUCAGCUUCUCUAUAGACCAGAUCUUAUUUUCAAACUGCACACUUCAUAAUGGCCAUUAUUGAGACCACUGUAUAUAGUAGAACAUCAAAGAGGUAGAGAUUGGAGAUGGACAGAUGACAAGAAAGAGAGGGAUGAAAUGAAUAGUAGCAUGUCUGUAGUAUCUUUAUUUAUUUAUUUCUUCUACUAACCUCUGCAUCUUGUGUCUUUCACAACUUCUAAUAAAACUGACUUUGCUCACCACAGCC